AUGAGCGCUAGAACAAGAAGGCAAAAAGCAGCUGUGGCUGCCGCGCAGUCGGAUGAGAGCGAGACUCCUGUCAGCAAUGGCACAGCGCAGAAGUCACCGAAGAGAAGCAAGUCGGCAACAGCUGGAAAGGAAGAGAAUGUAUACCUGUUUGCCCCGAAUCUUAUCGGAUACCUACGGGUCGUGUUGGCUAUCGCUUCCCUCUACUAUAUGCCCCUUCAUCCUCGUACCUGUUCCCUCCUGUACAGUGUGUCGUGUUUGCUGGAUGCGUUGGAUGGAUACGCGGCGCGAUAUUUCAGCCAGUCCACCACCUUUGGUGCGGUGCUCGACAUGGUAACCGAUCGCUGUACCACCGCGUGUCUUCUGGUCUUCCUGAGCUCCGCCUGGCCCCGGUGGGCCAUUAUCUUCCAGGGCUUGAUUGCUUUGGACAUGGCAAGCCAUUACAUGCACAUGUAUGCCACCCUCAGCAUGGGAGGCUCAAGCCAGAGUCACAAGAAAGUCGAAGCCAGCAGGAGCUGGAUUUUGUAUCAGUACUACCACAGUAGGACGGUCCUGUUUAUCUGCUGUGCCCUCAACGAGGCUUUCUUCAUUGGUCUCUAUCUUCUUUCUUUCUCCUCCCCCACGCUUUCGCCUUCCCUUCUUCAGCCUGUCCCCGGAAGCCCAGCGCAGCCGGCCCCCACUGGCCUGUUUGAAAGCCCCUGGAGUGCCGGAGCCUUGGAGUUGGCACGGGCCAACAAGAUUGACAGUUUCUGGCCCUGGGUGAUCACCGGAGUCUCGGCUCCUGUCAUGGCACUCAAGCAGAUUAUCAACGUGGUGCAGCUCGUGAAGGCCAGUAAUUGGUUGGUCGAGGGAGACAUUGCCAACCGUAAGGCCUCCUUGCGUGGAAAGAGGCACUAG